AUGAGCCAUGGCCACGGGAAACUCUCUUCAAAAGAGAAGUUUAUCAAAUGGCGAAAUUAUCAAACAUGCCAAGAAGCUAUCUUUCUUGCAUGUUUAAAUGAAUUUUGUGAUAUUCAAAUUCACAAACCAGCUAAAAAAGCAUUAGUAACUAUGCAAUUUCUUCCUAUUGAAUCAUUAAUAUUUUCAAAUGAAGAUAGUAUUUCAUUCUCAAAAUUAAUUCAAACACUUGUUAAACAACGGAUGAACUAUGAAGUAUCAAUAGGAGUAGUUCCUAAAACAGCGACAAGAAGAAGUGAAAAUUAUCGAUUUAUCCUUUCAUUAAAUAUUCUUUGUGAUUUAUUAAGUGAAUUCGGUUAUGUACUAUUAUCAAAAGCCCCUUCUCCAAGAAAACAUAGGAAAAAAAAAGAGCCAAGUGAUAAGGAUGCUCUUGGUGAAACGAUCCAUUUUAUUAUAAGAAAUGGUAAAGUGUUAUUUAACAAAGAAAGAAUUGAAACAGUAGGAAAGAAAGUUAAUCAAUACAUCAACUCAAUCUUCACAACAAAUAACACGUCAAUUAUUAUCUCAAAAAAUGAUCCUUGUUUGAACUCAUUUGUUCAUCAAUUUGAUUAA